AGACGCCAGCCAAAGGAGGCGGGGUUGCAGGAGGAGAGUCCGCUCUGCGCAAUCCAGUCCGGGACUUGGCUCCGCCCCGGAGCGGCGGCCUCUCGAGUGACAGAGGAGUAGUGAGACGCACGGGGUGAGGUUGCAGCCAACUCCGCUCCCCACGCACUCGGCUGUCCAGGCGCUCCGGACGCAGCAGCGGCGCUUCUCCGCGGGGCCGACCGCCCGCGAUGUCCGCUUAGGAGCGGCGGCAGCGGCCAGCAUUGCCACACCCGCGGCGUAGCGCUCCCAGCCGUGGAGCGGGGCUAGAGGGCGAACCCUUGCGCCAGCCCCCACCCCGCCCCCCCACCCUGAAAUGACUUGUUAAUCGGCGCAGACACUACCGAAGGGAUUGCCGGAGUGGAAUCCAAGUGGAAUUUGGAUUUGGAGAAGAGUUUCUUGAACAUUUACUCCUUUCUUGUUGGUUUCUUUCUUUCUUUCUUCCUCUCCCCUUCUCCGCCUGUCAUUGGAGAUGAAUACAGCGCGUUUGCAUCCCAGAAAGUAGUCGCCGCGACUGUUACCCCAAAGAGACAAGCACACAUGUAGGAAUGACAAAGGCUUGCGAAGGAGAGAGCGCAGCUCGCGGCCCGGAGAGAUCCCCUCGAUAAUGGAUUACUAAAUGGGAUACACGCUGUACCAGCCCGCUCCGAGCCCCGGCCGCCUGCCCGUCGAUGCACCGAAAAGGGUGAAGUAGAGAAAUAAAGUCUCCCCGCUGAACUACUAUGAGGUCAGAAGCCUUGCUGCUAUAUUUCACACUGCUACACUUCGCUGGGGCUGCUUUCCCAGAAGAUUCUGAGCCAAUCAGUAUUUCGCAUGGCAACUAUACAAAACAGUAUCCGGUGUUUGUGGGCCACAAGCCAGGACGGAACACCACACAGAGGCAUAGACUGGACAUCCAGAUGAUCAUGAUCAUGAACAGAACCCUCUACAUUGCUGCUAGGGACCAUAUUUAUACUGUUGAUAUAGACACCUCACACACAGAAGAAAUUUAUUGUAGCAAAAAACUGACAUGGAAAUCUAGACAGGCCGAUGUAGACACAUGCAGAAUGAAGGGAAAACAUAAGGAUGAGUGUCACAACUUUAUUAAAGUGCUUCUAAAGAAAAACGAUGAUACUUUGUUUGUCUGUGGAACUAAUGCCUUCAACCCUUCCUGCAGAAACUAUAAGAUGGAUACUUUGGAAGCUUUUGGGGAUGAAUUUAGUGGAAUGGCCAGAUGCCCUUACGAUGCCAAACAUGCCAACGUUGCACUGUUUGCAGACGGAAAACUGUACUCUGCUACAGUGACUGACUUCCUUGCCAUUGAUGCAGUCAUCUACCGGAGUCUCGGAGACAGCCCAACCCUACGGACCGUCAAGCAUGAUUCAAAAUGGUUGAAAGAACCGUAUUUUGUCCAAGCGGUAGACUAUGGAGACUACAUCUACUUCUUCUUUAGGGAAAUAGCGGUGGAGUACAACACCAUGGGAAAGGUAGUUUUCCCAAGAGUGGCUCAGGUUUGUAAGAAUGACAUGGGAGGGUCACAAAGAGUCCUGGAGAAACAGUGGACAUCCUUCCUUAAAGCUCGCCUGAACUGCUCAGUUCCAGGGGACUCUCAUUUUUAUUUCAACAUCCUCCAGGCCGUUACAGAUGUGAUUCGUAUUAAUGGCCGUGAUGUUGUCCUGGCAACCUUUUCCACACCUUAUAACAGCAUCCCUGGGUCUGCAGUGUGUGCCUAUGACAUGCAUGAUGUCGCCAUUGUUUUUACUGGGAGAUUCAAAGAACAGAAGUCUCCAGAUUCCACGUGGACACCAGUUCCUGAUGAACGAGUGCCUAAGCCUAGGCCAGGCUGCUGCGCUGGCUCAUCCUCCUUAGAAAAAUAUGCAACCUCCAAUGAAUUUCCUGACGAUACCCUGAAUUUCAUCAAAACGCACCCGCUCAUGGAUGAGGCCGUGCCCUCCAUCAUCAACAAGCCAUGGUUCCUGAGGACGAUGGUCAGAUACCGCCUGACCAAAAUUGCGGUGGACACCGCUGCUGGGCCAUAUCAGAAUCACACUGUGGUUUUCCUGGGAUCAGAGAAAGGAAUCAUCUUGAAGUUCUUGGCCAGGAUAGGAAACAGUGGUUUCCUAAAUGACAGCCUUUUCCUGGAGGAGAUGAGCGUCUACAACCCUGAAAAGUGCAGCUAUGAUGGAGUAGAAGACAAGAGGAUUAUGGGCAUGCAACUGGACAAAGCAAGCAGCUCUCUGUAUGUUGCAUUUUCCACUUGUGUGAUAAAGGUUCCCCUUGGCCGGUGUGAACGACAUGGGAAGUGCAAAAAAACCUGUAUCGCUUCCAGAGACCCCUACUGUGGGUGGGUAAAGGAAGGAGGUGCCUGUGCCCAUCUGUCACCUGGCAGUAGACUGACUUUUGAACAGGACAUAGAGCGUGGCAACACAGAUGGCCUGGGAGACUGUCACAAUUCCUUCGUGGCACUGAAUGACAUUUCAACUCCUCUACCAGAUCAUGAAAUGUCUUACAACACAGUAUAUGGGCACUCCAGUUCCCUCCUGCCCAGCACCACCACGUCCAAUUCGGCGGCUCAAGAGGGGUAUGAGUCUAGGGGAGGAAUGCUGGACUGGAAGGAUUCACCUGACAGCACAGACUCUUUGGGGGCAGUGUCUUCCCAUAAUCACCAAGACAAGAAGGGAGUGAUUCGGGAGAGUUAUCUCAAAGGCCACGACCAGCUCGUUCCUGUCACCCUCCUGGCCAUUGCGGUCAUUCUGGCUUUUGUCAUGGGAGCCGUCUUCUCGGGCAUCAUCGUCUACUGCGUCUGUGAUCACCGUCGCAAAGACGUGUCCUCCGUGCACCGCAAGGAGAAGGAGCUCGCCCACUCGCGCCGCGGCUCCAUGAGCAGCGUCACCAAGCUCAGCGGCCUCUUUGGGGACACCCAGUCCAAAGACCCCAAGCCGGAGGCCAUCCUCACGCCACUCAUGCACAACGGCAAGCUCGCCACUCCCAGCAACACCGCUAAGAUGCUCAUCAAGGCUGACCAGCACCACCUGGACCUGGCCGCCCUGCCUACCCCAGAGUCCACCCCGACGCUGCAGCAGAAGCGCAAGCCCAACCGCGGCAGCCGCGAGUGGGAAAGGAACCAGAACCUCAUCAACGCCUGCACCAAGGACAUGCCCCCCAUGGGCUCCCCCGUGAUCCCCACCGACCUGCCCCUGCGGGCCUCCCCCAGCCACAUCCCCAGCGUGGUCGUGCUGCCCAUCACGCAGCAGGGCUACCAGCACGAGUACGUGGACCAGCCCAAAAUGAGCGAGGUGGCCCAGUUGGCGCUGGAGGACCAGGCGGCCACCCUGGAAUAUAAGACCAUCAAGGAACAUCUCAGCAGCAAGAGUCCCAACCAUGGGGUGAACCUGGUGGAGAACCUGGACAGCCUGCCCCCCAAAGUCCCCCAGCGGGAGGCCUCCCUGGGUCCUCCCGGAGCCUCCCUGUCUCAGAACGGCCUGAGCAAGCGGCUGGAGAUGCACCACUCCUCGUCCUACGGGCUUGAUUAUAAGAGGAGCUACCCCACGAACUCGCUCACGAGAAGCCACCAGGCCGCCACGCUCAAAAGAAACAAUACUAACUCCUCCAAUUCCUCCCACCUCUCCAGAAACCAGAGCUUUGGCCGGGGAGACAACCCACCCCCCGCCCCGCAGAGGGUGGACUCCAUCCAGGUGCACAGCUCGCAGCCCUCGGGCCAGGCCGUGACUGUUUCGAGGCAGCCCAGCCUCAACGCCUACAACUCACUGACCCGGGCGGGGCUGAAGCGCACGCCCUCGCUAAAGCCGGACGUGCCCCCCAAACCUUCCUUUGCCCCCCUUUCCACCUCCAUGAAGCCCAACGAUGCGUGUACAUAAUCCCUGGGGGAGGGGUCAGGUGUCGAACCAGCAGGAAAGGCUAGGCGCCCGCUCAGCUCAGCAAGGUUCGCGGCUGCUGAGUACCCACCCGACCAAGACGGCCGCGGCGGCGCCCAGGACUCUGGGUCCUCCCCUGAGACGCGGGGGGCGGGGGGGGGCGCUCUUGAAAAUUGGGCCAAGCUGUUCGGUGAAGGUUCGCGACGCGGGACUCACCUCCAUUCUCUUCCUUCACUCUUCCCCCACGCCCUGCAACAGGUCGGACUCACGAAAGACUUCAAUCAGCAUCACAAACAUGAGCCAAAAGCACAUACGCACCCACCCACCCAGCCCCGCGUGUGCGCCUGCGCGCAAGUCUGCGCGCACGCGCACGUCACACACAUGCACACACACGCGCGUGAACGGCAAUUGCAACAUUGUGUCCAUGACUGCACCAAGCGCUGCCCGACUGGGCGAGCGUUCCAACCUGCAAAACACAGAUACAUUUUUAAAAAUCAUGACAAUUAAAAAGAAAAAAAAGAAUUCAUUGAUAAUUCUAACUCAGACGUUAACAAGGGCAGAAGUUUACUAUGCGCAGAUACUGUGAAAUGCCCACCAGUGUUACAGCUUUCUGUUAUAGCAGAUGAAUGCCAUGUUGGGCAACUAUGUCAUAAAUUUCUGCUCCUCUCUUUUAAUGAAAUAACCUGACCGUUAACGCAAGUAACUAUUUAUUUUUCACGCUUUUUUCCUUAAGGAAAGGACUCUCCACAUACCGUCCUCUGAACAGCUCUUCAGAAAGUCCUUUGACAGUUAAAACUAUUUAACGUGAAAUCCAUUAACUGGAAUAAUUGAGUUUAUUUUUACAAUAAAUUCACUGAGUAAGUAAGUUGCAGCUGGAAUCCUGAGCUUGUGUUUGGACUGAUAUCUAGCUAAAGGAAAAACUUAAGAGGGGAAUAUUUAUUUAAAUCUACCAGUUAAAUUUGCUGGUCAGGUCCCUGGCUUAUAACAUGCAAAAGAGUAAUUAGUUUAAAAGUCCUUCCAGAUCCUAAGUUCUAAAGCAACCAGGAGAGGAACUUUUAGAAUGGAACAUCGCGUCCCAUUGCUGCCAACAUGGCUUUGUCAGUGGUUCCUACUUUCUGUGAAGGCACCAGCUUGUGAUAUGCCAUCUCAUUUCACUUUGCAUGUGAGACAGAAAACAAAAUCCACCAACCGUGUGAACUAAUUAAUAUGCUGGCUGCUACCUUGCAUCAAUUAAUGGUUUGAUCACACAGGUUUUUCGUGGGGUUACAUCUGUGAAUAGCCUGUUUUCCACAUGUAAAUUUGUGCCUUACACCCUGAGUUGUGUACACUUGCAAACUGUCAUUAUGAUCAACUUUUCCCCCUUUUGAAAUAAAUGCAGAUAUUUAUUUAACCCUCCCUCCCCCCACCCCCAGUCCAGCCCUCUGGAAGAUUAGCGUCCAGCAGAUGGAAGAACAAUGCAGUGGUGAUGGUUACAAUCCUGCAGCCUGGGAAAGCUGGGCGACACCACACCCUCUGAUUCACGCAUUCUUCUGGUCGUGCCAACUCCAACCACCCUUUGGCCAUGCUGCCAAGCGUGGACCCCAGUGUUGUGGGUGGCAAAUCUCCUUUCUUCCUCCAGAGCUCCCUGCUUCCCUUGUAUUCUCAGAUCAUUUCAACAUGAUGAUAUCCUCAUUAGCCAGCAGAAAAGGGACUAACAUCCCAGUCCUGAUUCCUGCUGUGUCCACUGCCUGGAGAACACAGCAGUGAGGUUGGGCAAGCACCUGGGUGGAGUCUCCAAGCCAUGUGCGCAGCACACAGGUGCAAUGCUCACAAAGAAAUGACAUGGAAAUAGAUGCAGGCAGGCUGGUCCCUGCUGUGAUUAAUGAGUAACUCCAAGUACAAGGCCAACAACAAUGGAUGCUACAAAAACGUUGACUGGGGCAAAAGGUUUUUAAUUUUUUUAAAUUUCUUUAUCCUUUUGCGGGUAUUGUUUGUAGGGGGAGGGGGUCGGGCGUGUGUUUUUCCCCUUGGUUUUCAUUAGCUCAAGCACACACAAGGGACUUUUGUUUACUCUUAUCACGAACAAAAGAAUUGUCAACAUACUGUAAACUGUGAGCAUUGUUGGUUGUUAUCGGUUUUUUAAAAACAGCUAAACAGUAUAUUUAGUGGUCUCUUUGUCUCUUUUUCAUUUCCAGUUUGAUCUUCUGGGUUUAGUAUUGUCUUAAAAAGAAAACUUUCUAGAAAAGACAGUUGGGGAUAAUUUUGAAUUGGCUGUGAAAAGUGGUACCUCCGUAAACAGAGUGAGACCUGGGCGUGUCGCAAGGGCACGUGCACAGCCUUUUAUUCCAAACACCCCUUGCAGUUUUGCUGUUGUUCGGGAUAGGUUUUUGUUAUUUUUGUGUUAUGUUGUUGUUUUGUUUGUUUUGUUAGUGGAAUCAAUGUUCACACCCCGUGAACUCUGUACCCUGAAACCAUGAAACUUUGCUAGGAACAGAGAUGUUGUUUUCUUCCUUCUAUUUUCUUUAGAAAUGUGGAACUUAGGAAGGUGUGGGUAUGUAUCACCCUGCUACCCUCUCCCCCAAGCUUCACUCCCAGGAGUACUGAGGUGCAACACCUGCUCUCUCGUCCCCAUGUGCGGGCAUCAAUGCCUCAGCUGUGUUACAGAGUCCCGUGUCAAACUUCCACCCCAGUCCCUGUAUCCCACAACCCAUCACUUGUGGUGUUAACCCUGAAAUGCCCACAGGUAUUGAGCUGGUCUUCUGCAUUUAAGUAUUUUCCCUUUUUCUUUUGCUCCCCACAGCGUGUGGGGAGAGGGUCCAUAAACCUGAGUGUGCCUUUGCUUUCCACCCUUGCUAGACACUGGUAGAUGCAACCAACUCAGAUUUAUAUUUGUUGUAAAGUUGUAAAAAAUAUUGUGAUGUCACCAAUUUUCCUUCCAUCUCCACACCCCCUAACAUCUGAUUCACGACUUAAUGUAUGUUGUAAAAAAGAAAAAAAAGAAGGGAAAAAAAGACAAAAAGGCAAGGAAAAGGCUCUUUAUUACUUAAAAGUAAUAAAGCAAGACUGUUCUACAUU